CCCACGGUAAAGUGAGGCACAGAACUAUCUCCAUCAGUGCCUACUGUAAAAUUAUGUGUGAGAGAGAGACUGCUUGGCCACCCAUCUGAGACUCUCAGUUCCAUACGUUUCUCUUUACUAGAACAGCAGAGGUUCCAUCACUUAGGCUGUAGUUAGAAAAGCCUACGAGCCCACCUCUAAAAGUUUGUUUGGAUUGGGUAGAAUCACUUUCAUCCAGCAGAUACAUGUGAUGGCAGAGUUAGUCCAACGGUUAUACGUGGCUUGAGGUUGAAAGAUUCCACUAUUACUAAAAGCAGUAACGUGCCAGUUUUAUAGGCUUAACUUUGUACACAGUCAUGGAGAAAGAUAAUUCUCACAAAGCUGGUGAAGGUGUUGAUAAGUUUUGCGCGACUGCUGAGAAUGAAGAACCACGAGAUGAUAGCUCAUGUCGUAGUAUGUCCUCGGAGGCUGGAACUGCUACUUGCCGAGUUUGUCAAUGUGUCGAACCUGAUAGAAAGGGCAAUAUCGCUCUGGGAUUUUUGGGUAUAUCUCCACCUCCGUCUAACCUCGUGAUUGCCGACGAGGAAUUGAAUCCUAAAAUAUUUGCCUCAGAAAAUACUGAAAACAAUUCCUAUUACAGAAGUGAAUCGAGAGGAUUAGAGUUCGUUGAGUUUAUCAGCCCGAAAGGAGAGGUUUUUAUUUGUAAUGCCGAUGUAGAAUUAGGCUUGGAUAACAGUCAGGAUAGGCUAAUUGAGCUUGGAUGUUCCUGCAAAGGUGACCUUGCUUUAGCACAUUAUGCAUGUGCUCUUAAGUGGUUUAUCAACCAUGGAUCAACUGUCUGCGAAAUCUGUGGAUUCGUGGCAAAUAAUAUAGGAUCUGCCGAUUUCAAAAAGGUACUAGGUUCUCUGAAAGAAUAUGAAGCUUUACGAGAAAGAAUUGUUAACGGUCAGCCUAACCCUGCACCAGCCCAGGUAAGUCACAGUGUGGAUCCUGAUGCUGUUGCUGCAGUUCGGAUGCAAAGGUUGAGUGAAAUUUCAUUGUGGUUCAAUCCUCAUAACAACAGCUCUGUAGCUGUUUCCCAUAUGGUCAGUGAACAACAACCUUCAACUUCUGUUACAGUCAUGGAAGAAGUACCACCUGUUGAAAAUACUGCUACUAAGUGGGCUGUGGAGGGUACUGGGAUCCUGCUUGCUACGGGCCUGCUGACUGUUACUCUUGCAUGGCUCCUGGCUCCUCAUGUUGGAAAGGUACUUGGAAUUGUUUGUACAUUUUGUGACUUCUCAAUUGAUGUGUUUGUAUUGUUGGAAUGUUGGUUAUUCGUCUGGGGAACUCUGAAAACUGCUAAAAAUGGCCUGCAUAUUCUUCUAGGAGGCGUUUGCGCGUUGACAGUUGUAGUUUUCUUCCGAUUUUUUGUUCUAACCAGAAUCAAGUACGGGCCUGCUAGAUACUGGGCCAUCUUGUUUGUAUUUUGGUUUCUUGUGUUUGGGAUAUGGGCAUCAAGAACACACAAUGCUCAUGCAACGUGAUCUUUUUUUCCUCAGCCCUUCCACUUUGCUCUCUAUUUUUCCUCUUGUUGAGUUGUUGGUGAGGUGUCUAUUUAUUUAUCAAUACACUUCAUUCGUGUAAUUAGUGAUUGUAUAAUCUGUUUGUGCUGAAUAUUUUGUUAUGAAUGAUGAGCAUUACUAUAGAUAAACAAGUUUGCUUCUGCUUUUGUAUUGAGUUUU